GCAGUCAGAUUUAAUUUGCAUCUACAUCCAGAACGAUACAAAAUGUUGGGAAAAGUAUUAAUUGUCUUCGCAUUCAUGGUUUUUGCUGAAUCAGCAAAUAUACCCAGUUAUAUUCACACGUGCAAAAGGUCUGAUCCAAAAGUGAGUAAAUGCGUGAUGGAAGCAGUUGAAAGUUUAAGACCCAAACUAAGAUCUGGAAUACCUGAACUUGAUGUUCCAUCUAUGGAGCCUUUGAGGAUAUCAAAUAUAAAAGUUACCAGAGAUUUAGGAGCGUCUCACUUCAAUCUUGAAUUAAAUAACGUCGACGUAUUUGGUACAAGCGAUUUCCACUUAUCCAAUCUUAAAUUAGAUGUUCCAAAUCACACUUACAAAAUCUCUAUAAGCUUCCCAAGAAUUCAGUUAAUCGGUGAUUACGUCGUUGAUGCUCAGUUGUUAGCAUUCCCUGUCAAAGGUGACGGUAGAUUCAACGCGAACGCAACCAAAUGCGAAGCCAUUGGAAUUCUUAAAGGAGAUAUCAUUGAAACUGGAGGAGAACAGCGAAUGCACUUCACUGAUCUUACCAUCAACCUGACCAUAGGCGACUACAAUCUUCAUUUGGAUAAUCUUUUCGCAAACGAUCAAGUCUUAACUGAUGGAAUCAACAAUAUGUUGAACCAAAACAAGAAAGAUUUAUUGCAACUCGCCAACCCGUACAUCCAAACUAAGGCUUCCGAAUACCUUCUAGACGUUGCCAAUAAAAUCGUGAAGAAUUUCUCGUACGAAGAAGUUUUCCCGGAAAACUAAAAACAAAUUAUGUGAUUUUCCUUCUACUGUAUUAUUUCGUGUAAACAUGUUAUAGUAUUUUUAUUCUGUUAUAAAUAGAGUAAAUUGUUAUUUAAA